GAAAGGGAGAAAAAGGGGGCCGGCUGUGUGUGUGUGUGCGUGUGUGUGUGUGUGUGUGUGUGAGCACACAUUAGGAAGGCAAGCGGCUGCUCAUUGCUUUCACAUGGCAUGAGGAGAGCUGAACAGGCUGCAGCACAGGAGUAAUGCUGAGCAAGACUAUUGCUUAGAUCCAUGAAGGACAGUAACUCGAGCCUGAUGUCUGGAAUGGACGCCAGUCAGAGUGUGAAGUGUAAGAUAGUCGUGAUUGGGGACAGUCAGUGUGGCAAAACCGCACUGCUCCAUGUCUUCGCCAAAGACUGCUUUCCAGAGAACUACGUGCCGACAGUAUUUGAGAACUACACAGCCAGCUUUGAGAUCGAUUCCCAAAGGAUUGAGCUCAGCUUGUGGGACACGUCAGGGUCACCAUACUACGACAACGUGCGCCCACUGUCCUACCCUGACUCGGAUGCAGUCCUCAUCUGUUUUGACAUCAGCAGACCAGAAACCCUGGACAGCGUGCUAAAGAAGUGGAAAGGAGAGAUCCAAGAAUUUUGCCCCAAUACCAAGAUGCUGUUAGUGGGAUGCAAGUCGGACCUGCGCACAGAUCUCAGCACCUUGGUGGAACUUUCAAAUCACAGGCAAACACCCGUAUCAUAUGAUCAGGGAUCAAACAUGGCCAAGCAAAUCUCGGCUCCCUACAUUGAGUGUUCUGCGCUGCAGUCGGAGAACAGCGUGAGGGACAUAUUCCAUGUUGCCACCUUAGCCUGUGUCAACAAGAACAACAAGAACGUGAAACGCCAGAAGUCCUCCAGAGCCACCAAGAGGACCUCACACAUGCCCAGUAGACCCUAUCUGGAGUCAGUAACCUCGGACAUGCGUAAAGAUAAGGCCAAGAGCUGCACAGUUAUGUGAAGGAUCUGGAGAACAUUGAUGGUUGUCAAGGCAAGGGCAAACAGAAGGCACAAGAUAGCGGUACAACUACUCAAAUGAAGCAGUGAGGGAUGCAGAACAAUGGCUUUGCACUUUAUGUCCUUCUGUGUCUGUCCAUUCUGCCCCACCUGAAAUAAGCUAACCAAAAAUGAAUAGUGCCACAGAAGAAAAGAGCCAGGUGUUGGAAAGACAUCCAUGCUAACACAAAAGAAUUCCAGUUCUUGGAGUUUUGGAAGGAGGUUCUGAAUAAUCUACAUGGAGAGUUGCUGAAGAGUAUGUUUGACAUGAUAGGAUAUGAUUUUUGGGACAUAUUUGAAAUACAGGUCAAGGAACUUUAUGAUGGAUGCUGAUUGUGUUGCAUUUUUUUUUGUACUUAAAAAAAGGAAUGAAAAUGUCUGAAGGAAAGCCACAUUUGUGCAGCUAAUGAGCUGCUGUGGAAUUUUCCCACAGAAGACAAAAACAAGGCACUUAACAGAGAAAAUGAUGUGACAAACACUGUGGAUAAACCUGGCUUUUUUCGGUUGUCUUUCUGUUUUUUCCAUCUUCUUGCCUUGAUGAUUUGUUCAGAUGAGAAUUGGAUGUGUGUCUGUCAAAUUCUCGUUACUUGUAGGUCUGGAAAAAUCAGGGGACGGCCUGAGCUUUCCAACAGUUGUAUCUUUGUGGUGAUGCUAACCUCAGACAUUAGUGCUUGUGUUUCUCUUCUUUCUUUUUAGAAAAAGCCAAAGAAGUGUCAAGGUCAAGCUUGUGUGUCAUAGUGCCAGGGUUUCCUGUUUAGACUGUUAUGCUUUAUGUGCAGUCUUAAGUGUUUGAUAUAUUGUUGGUGGUAGUUUUGGCUUGGCUUGACGAGCAUAUCUCCAUGAGUGACUGGGUCUUGUAGAACCAACAUUAGUACUGUGUCCAACUCCAGUGCCUCCAUAUGUUUGUAUGUUGGUGUACUCAAGCUUUUCAUGGCCUGGGUUUCAGUAUUGCUUGAGAGCCUUUUAAUACCUCUGCCUAAUCCAUCAGCAUUUGGAAUUUCAUGUAAGAGAAUCAACUCAGCUAUGCAAUAUGCUGACUUUGGCCCAUUUUGCCAAUUUGAAAAUCUGGUGGCCUGGAGAAAUCUGUAUAUCCUCUUUGAAGAAACCUACUAGACUUGUCCUUGUUUUUUUUUUGUUUUUUUUACAUUCCCUGAGUCCACUGAGGUAAAAAAUUUCUCUGUAAUGCCAGGGGAAUGGAAUAUUCAUCUUUAGUCCACAUUAAAAGCAAUGCUCAUGCAGCCUCAAGCACCAGUAGACCCAGCAUCAAAUUGGAACACAACCUGGAAAUGGCAUUAUUUCCCAAUGUACUGGUCACUACCUUAAAUAACUGUCAUAAUUUCCUUAAUUUGUGAAGAUGCUGGUCUUUGUUACACUGCUUUCAGAUAGGUGCCUCACAGUUCUCCUAGACAUUUUUAUUCAGCUUGCAGGUUUAUGCCAUGAUUUACAAUAUCCAGUGUUAGCUGUAGCGUGUCAGCUUUUUUAAUUUUGAAUGUUGGAAUCAAUUUGUAUGUCUGUAUGAUAAGUUUCUGCAAUAUUUAUUAAGUUUUUUUUUUUUUUUUGAAAAUAAAAUGCAGUGUACAG